AUGGAGAAAACACACUACGAGGUUUUGGGCGUGCCUUCGGACGCAUCAGCCAAGUGCAUCCGCACCGCCUACCACCAGCUCUUGCUCCGGGCACACCCGGACAAAUCCCGGGGAAUCCCGGCCCCGCUCCUCGCCGCAGAUGCCGGCUCUACUAUCGCUGAGCUCCAGGCAGCAUAUGCGGUUUUGGCAGACGACCUGCAACGGCACGCUUAUGACGAUGAGUUGAAGACUGCUUUCAAGAAGCAAGGCUUUAACAUCACGGGUGCAGGUUUGGACUUCCACACGCUUGCCGAGUUCACCGAGACACACGUGCCCAAUACAGACGAAUACCAGUGGACCAGAGACUGUCCACGGUGCACGUCUCUUGGUUCCAUUCUUCUUACUGAAUCCGACUUGGAGCGAGGCACUGCUGAUGGCACGGGCGGCUACCAGAUUGUGGCGCCAUGCCUGGCCUGCAGCUUGUGGAUCACCGUGCUGUAUGAAGAGGCAACUGAAGAAUAG